GAGUAUAGACCAUCUCGCGUAGAUGUGUAAUUCUGUCGAACAAAGAAGAUGGUGAUGUUGUUAGUGAACGUUUUGUUAAAUGUAUUUAAUUUUACAAAGUUCAAUUUAUUAUGGUGGAAAUUUAGCGUGGAGCGAUCUUUCGCCAUUAAAUUACAGGUGAACAGAACUGAUCUAUUUUACAGUUGUGUACUUCUGCUUCAUUAUGAAAGAUAACGAAGUGAAACUUUCGUCUCCGAAUUUGGAAAACACCACUUUAAAAAGGAAAAAACGUCAAAGAACAUCUACGGUAUCGGAAACAGAAGAAAAAGAUACCAGGUUGCAAUACGAAAGAGAUUACGCCGAAGGUUUUAUUCGAUUACUGUCCGACAGACUGGACGAGACGACUUAUAUCGAGGUUUUGACAGUUCUGCAAAAUUUCGAAGCCAAUGCUCUAACCAUCGAAGAAUUUCAAAACAAGAUGGAUUCUUUGCUGAAAAAUCACGAUGAUUUAAAGUGGAAAUUUCUCGCUUUUUUGAAGCCUAGUCAUACAUUAGAUUGUGGUAGAUUGAUGGAUUACUUGAAUAUAUGUGAAAUGAAAGAAUUCGUUCUGAAAUUAAUGUUGCAUUUCAAAAAACAACCACAUCUUUUUAGAAAGGUGAUCGAAAAAUUAUGCGACCUGGUUGAAAAUGAGAAUCUUCAGUUGCAUGCGAUUGAAGAAAACGUAGCUCCUUUUUUAUCAAAAAAUUCAGAUUUGAUGAGAAUUUUUCAAACCCUGCUUCUAUCUGAUAAACCUUUGGAUAAAUAUUUCAUAGGAGAAGAUAUCUGGGAAGAGUUCAACGUCGAUAACGAUGUCAUGGAUGAAGAAACUUUCGACGCUUCUCAUUUAAACGAUAUUAUCCCUACAGAAUCGUCCGAAUCGAAAAAUAAAUGUCUUUAUGGAUGUAAAAAUAAAAGCAAUACUUCGGCUUGUAUUGUCUGCGAUAUCAAGUAUAUCAACGGUCGAAUGUACGUAGCAAAUGGUAAAGUCUUGAAACCAGCAAAUAUAAUUUUCGAUCCUUCUGAAGAAAAAGAACAAACUAUAAGAUUAUGUGGAAAAAACGAUUUCGAAGUUUCGUCAACCUCUAGACCUACCAAAGUUCACAAACGAGCAGAUCCCAGCAAUAAAGAAUCGCACGAAGGAGGUCUUUCACCUUUUAUUCUUGGAACAGAAUCUGAAGACGAAAUUGGUUACACCGAAAUGCAGCCAAGAAGUAAAAAAAGUAAACCUACUCGUGGAUUGAAAAUUCGUUUCAAAAGUAAGAAGAAACUUCGCGUAACCGAUUCCCCAGUUGAUCAGCCUCAAACCGACGAUACAGCUCCGAGCAAUGACGAUGGCAGUUGCGAUGAUACCAGUAAAGAAGAUAAUGAUUAUAACAGUUGCGACGAAUGUUUUUCAAAAAAAUCGAAUCCGGAUCAAAAUUUAGGCUUGCCAGCUAAAGAAAUUGUCAUGUUGGAAGAUAUGGAAUUCAAUAUUUCAACUUGCGCCGUAUCCACUAAUCGAAAUUCUGGAGAAUCUCGUCGUACUCCGGAUUCGCAAAAACCUAAAAAUCUCAAAACUAAUUUAAUUUAGACUUACACGUUGAAUUUCCUAUUUAGGCUAUUUACCUUGCACUUAUGUUUAAGAUACAUACCUAUUGUUUUAUUGGCGUUAGAAUAUAAAUUUUUGUACAGUUGAAAAGGUUCUUGAUUGGUCUUCGAAUUUUUUAAAUGAAUUUAGAGUGGUACAUAUGUUCUUAUGGCCAAUGUGUUAUUGUAUGAAAAACAUGUUUUUUUGCGUUCUUUAUUAAA